UCCCUCGCAUAUUUAUUCCGUUGCAUUUUCGUUUUUUCCAUCAAAAGAUUUUUGUUGGCUAUUACACUAUUCACAUGGCUAAUCGCUAAAAGCCUAAACCGAGCGCUUGGCUCUCUGCUUCGCUUCGCUGUACGUCUCAGAACUUGCCCAAAACUUGUCAUCUAGAAACGGCACUUGAACACUGGACUUAAGUCUGAGAUCGAAUGUGACCCCCUCGCUUUGCUCUCUCUGUACCUUGAUCUUCUCUGAUUCUUCAUUUCUGCAUUGACACUUGUUUCUUCUUCUUCUUCUUCCGAAUAUUUUGGUGUUUUCCUUGGAGUUUUAAGUCUGUAUAGCGAGAGAUGAUGGGGUCAGCUUCGUUCUCGUCUCCGCUCUGCACGUGGCUGGUGGCGGCUUGCAUGUCGUUUACGUGCGAUAAGGAUAACUGGACCAGUUCCCACGCGUUUCCUUCAUCGCCACCGGGCAAUGGACUCAGCCGCUCUACUCGCAGACGAAGAGCUCUUCUCUCCAAAUAUAACAACUGCAGUUCUGCUGCUGCUACUUGCUCUGAAUUUCCGCCCAAAUGUUUGUCCUCUGUCUUCUGUGGAUCUGGCUUUCAAGGAUUGAUGACUUCUUGCUUGGCUCUGGAGCCCUGUGGUCACUACUACAGCUCCAAUGGCCUUUUUCGAUCCAGAAAUUUCAAUCGCAAGCACCGAAGACUCAAUCGGCUUCAUCAUUCCGGGGAAGUCGUGGCAGUAGCUAUGAAAUCCGAAAAGGAAGUUACAACAAAGGAAAAACCUGUUAGGAAGCAAAGGCGAGUGGUUGUGACAGGUAUGGGUGUUGUGACACCCCUUGGUCAUGAUCCUGAUGUCUUCUACAAUAAUUUGCUAGGAGGAGUAAGUGGCAUAACUCAGAUAGAGGCUUUUGACUGUGCCCAAUUUCCAACGAGAAUAGCUGGAGAGAUCAAGUCUUUCUCAACUGAUGGAUGGAUUGCACCAAAACUGUCCAAGAGAAUGGACAAAUUCAUGCUUUACAUGCUUACUGCUGGCAAAAAAGCCUUGGCCGAUGGUGGCAUCACUGAAGAUAUAAUGGAUGAAUUGGAUAAAACCAAAUGUGGAGUUGUGAUUGGCUCUGCAAUGGGUGGCAUGAAGGUUUUGAACGACGGAAUUGAAGCACUAAGGAUCUCAUACAAGAAGAUGAAUCCUUUCUGUGUACCUUUUGCAACUACAAAUAUGGGUUCUGCGAUGCUUGCAAUGGACCUGGGUUGGAUGGGACCAAACUAUUCAAUUUCUACUGCUUGUGCUACCAGCAAUUUUUGUAUACUGAAUGCAGCAAACCACAUCAUUAGAGGCGAGGCUAACAUCAUGCUUUGUGGUGGCUCGGAUGCAGCAAUCAUACCUAUUGGCUUGGGAGGCUUUGUAGCUUGCAGAGCACUUUCUCAGAGGAAUGAUGAUCCAAUGAAAGCUUCACGACCUUGGGAUAUGAAUCGGGAUGGAUUUGUGAUGGGGGAAGGAGCUGGUGUUCUACUUUUAGAGGAACUAGAACAUGCUAAGAAAAGAGGUGCAAAUAUCUAUGUGGAAUUUCUUGGAGGAAGCUUUACCUGUGAUGCCUAUCACAUGACUGAACCACAUCCUGAUGGAGUUGGUGUCAGUCUCUGUAUAGAGAAGGCAUUAAUCCAAUCUGGGGUAUCUAAGGAGGAUGUGAAUUACAUAAAUGCACAUGCUACGUCCACCCCAGCUGGUGACCUUAAAGAGUAUGAAGCCCUCAUGCGUUGUUUUGGUCAAAAGCCUGAUUUGAGAGUGAACUCCACAAAAUCCAUGACUGGCCAUCUACUGGGAGCAGCUGGUGCUGUGGAAGCUAUUGCAGCAAUACAGGCAAUAAGGACAGGGUGGAUUCAUCCAAACAUCAAUCUGGAAAAUCCAGAUCAAGGCGUGGUAUUUUUCCUCCUAUGCUUUUCUGAAUUAUGUUUCUAUGAUUCCUUAUGGACACAAAAGUUCUGGUUGGUCCAAAGAAAGAGAGAUUGGACAUCAAGGUUGCAUUGUCCAACUCAUUUGGGUUUGGUGGCCAAAACUCAUCGAUACUUUUUGCACCAUACAAGUGAUACAAGGCUAACUCAACCCUGAUGUACUAAUGUGAAAAGACCAUUGUGUUGAUAAUCGACCCAUUCUCUGCAAAACCUGAAAAGCUAAUAUGUGCAUGAAAUAGCAAGGUGUGAGUGGAUGCCCUUUAGUAUUAACUCCAUGGAUCGUCUACAGUUUCAGUGAAAGCCACUACAACUAGGAGUCUCUAGUGUUCUAUUAAAUCAAUGGGAUGAACUUGACAUAGAAAUGCAACUUGUUGCACAGAUAGUCAGGAGAGGAACGAGUUGAGAGGGCUCUGUGGAUUGGGAAAGAAGAAUAUUCAGAGUAAUCAGAGUCAACAAAGUGGGAAAGACACUAGCUUUUACUGUUCUCAGAAUUCCCCUCUCGUUAGUAGGGCUUUGUUCAACUAGUGAACCACUGAAUCACCAGUAGUAGGUACUAGGUAGCUGUAUUGCUAAUCAGCCUUGUUUUAUUUUUCUUACUUGUACAAGUAGAGUGGCUGAUCGUGUUUAGUAGCAAUUUUAACCAAUUUUGAGCUGGAUGUUGGCUAGGUAAUACUAAUAUAAUUGUGAUGUAUAAUUUUUCUUUAUCUUUAUCAUGAUAAAUGAGCAUGUACAAGGUUGGGUUGUCGGAAAGGACUUAAGGGCACGAAUUUCUCCAUUAUCCUCCUAGUCCGUACAACUUUCAGUUCACUGUUUCUAUGGAAUUACUGGUUAAGAAAAUAAAGCAUGUUACGGUGAAACAGCCAACUACUAGUGGCAGGAUGUUUUUCUUUUAUAA